CCUUCCCUCUGAUCCCCAAAUCUAGGGUUCUUCUAACCAGUUGAAAAUUCACUCUCACUCCAGCAAAUCAGAGCCAGCCUCCAUUUCCUCUUUAAACCUAAUAAUGGAAGAUUUUAUCUGCUAAAUCUCUCUGUUUAAUUGGACCUGUCGAUCUGAGUAGAGUUUGCAAGAUGGAGAGCUUGAGCAGCUUUUGGCAGUUGGGUGAUGAGCUUCGAGGGCAGUCAAAAGUCGCAGAAGAUAACAAAUGGUUAAUGGCCGCUUCAAAAUUGGCUGAGCAGACAAGGGUAAAAGGCGAGCGUAUGAAUAACCUUGAUCUUUCAAAGGGCCCAGUUGAACAAAGGGCAAGGGAUAAAUUUGGAUUCCAGGAAGAUAACAAGUUUGAAAGCCAAUACUUUAACAUGCUGAGCUUGGAUUCUAAAGUAAAUGAGAAUAUGUGCAAAAGUUCCUUCAGGAAUGGCAUGUACAACAUGAAUGCAGUUUACCAGAAGAACAAUGCAAGCAUUGCGGGAAACAUGACUGGUAACAAGUAUAACAACAAAGAAAUCAACAACAGCAACAAUAACAACAACGAAUCUGCAAAUACAGUUGAGAAAAGGUUCAAGACCUUGCCGGCUACUGAGACGCUCCCAAGAAAUGAGGUGCUUGGAGGUUACAUCUUUGUAUGUAACAAUGACACAAUGCAGGAAGAUUUGAAGCGACAACUAUUUGGUUUACCUCCAAGGUAUAGAGAUUCUGUUCGGGCAAUAACACCAGGGUUGCCAUUGUUCCUCUACAAUUAUACAACACACCAGCUGCAUGGCAUUUUCGAGGCAGCGAGCUUUGGUGGUUCAAACAUUGAUCCAACUGCUUGGGAAGACAAGAAGUGUAAAGGCGAAUCUAGGUUUCCUGCUCAGGUAAGGAUCCGUGUGAGAAAAAUCUGCAAGGCUUUGGAAGAAGAUUCCUUCAGGCCUGUCUUGCACCACUAUGAUGGUCCCAAGUUCCGUCUUGAGCUGUCAGUUCCUGAGACCCUGAAUCUAUUGGACCUAUGCGAACAAGCGGGCUCUGCAGCAUAAGCUAAAUGUUGGCAGCAAUAUGCUGAUGUAGUAGGUUUUUAUGGUGCAUUCCAGCUUGUGUGCUUUCAACAGAUUUUCCAUGGAGCGCAAGCUUUGGGGUUAAAUCUGGUUUUUCAUUUUUCUUUCCAAUUUUCUUUAUCGUCUGGAGUUGUAUGGUAACAGUUAUACAGUGUUACUGUGAGUGAGCGCUGCUGAAUAAGCGAACGUGUCUCGUGAAGCUGCUUGUUUUAAGUUGUACAACAUUUGAAAGCUUUGAUAAUGAUGAAAACACAAAGUCAGGUCGAUGUAAAAGCGAAA